AUGAAACUUGCAUCUUGGAGCAUUCUUGCUGGUCUAGCAACUGCGCUUCCAACUAACCCUCCAGAUCAAUAUGAGUACAUCAUCAUUGGAUCAGGGCCCGGUGGAGGGACUUUAGCUGCAAAUCUUGCGCGAGCAGGCCACUCAGUCUUCUUGAUAGAGGCUGGUGGUGAUCAAGGCAACACGCCCUUACAGCGGAUUCCCGCCAUGGCGGAUCAAGUCGCUGAGCAUCCAAGCAUGUCAUGGUCCUUCUACGUGAACCACUACCAAAACGAGACUCAAGCGCGCAGAGACUCCAAAUAUGCAUACAGACUAUCCAACGGCACUUUGUGGUCUGGUCUUAAUCCCCCCGAGGGUGCCGAGCCACUCGGUAUACUGUAUCCUCGUGGGGCUACACUUGGUGGUUCUGCUCAGCUUAAUGCCAUGAACUUUGCUCUGCCACCUGAUAAUGAUUGGGAUGCUAUAGCUGAGCUUACCGGCGACGAGUCAUGGAGGUUUCACAAGAUGAGAGAGCUGUUCAUUGAGAUUGAAAACUGCACUUAUGCUCCCGAGGGGACUCCUGGCCACGGCUUUGACGGGUUCAUCCAGAGUAACCGGAACAACAUCUCCUACAUCACCGAUCGUCCCGGCGUCGUACAAUCUCUGAAGCAUGCAUUUGAGCAAACUGAAGGCAUUCAAGUCGAAGAUGCCGCUGAAGUUGGAAGACUAAUGCAACGAGACAUCAACCGACUGGACAAAGAUCGAUAUUCGCCUGGCAUCUACCAAAUACCUCUCCAUGUAGACAGUAUUCGACAACGAAAUGGUGUUUGGCGACAUCUACACGAGACAAUGACUGCCAGAACAGCAAAUGGCUCUUCUUUGUAUCCCCUGACUGUCAGUACCCAUUCGUUGGCUACCCGCGUGCUGCUCAAAGAGGGUCGGAAUGGUAAGCCGCAGGCUUAUGGAGUCGAGUAUCUCAAGGGCGAAGGGUUGUACUCUGCCGAUAAACGCUAUGAUGAGUCUGAGUCUGGUCGAUUGAUCAACGUCACCGCAUCGAGAGAAGUGAUUGUGGCUGGUGGUGCGUUCAACACGCCCCAGAUCCUUAAGCUCAGUGGCAUAGGCCCCAGGGAGGAACUCGAGAGUCUUGACAUCCCGGUCAUCAUGGAUCUCCCCGCAGUGGGCAAAUAUCUACAAGACAACUAUGAAGGUGGCGUAACCGUUGAAGCUUCUGUACCAUGGGAGAAUAAUCCCUUUGGGAAUUGUCCCUUCACACUUGAAGCCAACGACACAUGCUAUCAAGAGUGGAAGCAAUCUCAUACCGGGGGUUACGGCGAAGGCGCAGCUCCGAUUUCACUUCUCUACAGGUCCAGCGUCAGCGAGACAAACGACACAGACUUAUACCUCUUCGGAGCAGCUGGCACUGUAUUUCGCGGAUACUUCCCAGGCUACUCAACGUGGCAGGCCCCUCCAACCUCAUGGUUCUGGUCUAUUGUCAAGAUGCAGCCAGGCAACCAGGCCGGAACAAUCACUCUCCGCUCAAAAGACCCCCGGCAAGCUCCAGAAAUCAACUUCAACUACUUCGCCGAGAAGGGAGAUCGGGAUCUUCAGGCUAUUCAGGAAGGUGUUGAGCAUACCAUGCGUAUCUUCAACGCUACCGGUAAACCUUACGCUCCAUUCAAGGUUGUUGAGCCUCGGCCUGGCAUCAGUAUUCGACAGGGUAUCAUGGACGAUGCUUUUAGUCAUCAUGCCACUUCAUCUUGUCGCAUGGGACCUGCGGGUGAUAAAAACUACUGCGUUGAUUCGGAGUUCAAGGUCAAUGGCGUUGAUGGACUUCGGGUUGUGGAUGCCUCGAUCUUCCCACGUACGCCGGGAGGAUUCCCUGCUGCGCCGACGUUUAUGAUCAGUCAGAAGGCAUUUGGAGUGAUUAUGGGAAGCAUCGGGGGAUAG